AUGAGUGAUUCAAGUGAAACAAAACAAGAGUGCUGUUUAAAUCCUCUAGAUUCUGCUCGUUUUAUAAUGAAACGCGCUCGCCAUGUUUCAAUCAAUCAUGCAAUGCUUGAAAAAUUUUCUAACAUGGUAUGUUCUGCAUUAAUGAGUGGAAAGUAUGCAAAUAAUAUUGCAUCUGAUCCAAAUAUUGGUCCAACAAAAGAAGAUGAUAAAUUCAUAAUUGACUGGACAUUUUUAAUAGAUACACUAAAUUUUUCAUUUUGGACCGAUGACAAGGAAAAUGAAUCCUAUGUUCGUAAAUAUAAAGACAAAAUUUAUUGCGGUUCAUUUGCAUUGGCUGUGUCAAUUAAUCAAGCAUUGGAUGUGAAUAAUUAA